UCACAGCGGGUAUAUGUAGGCAGGAGGUAAACAGAGAGCAGCAGAGCGACGGUCGGAGCUGCAGCGGAUCCGAUCCUUUCCGUCUGUUUGGGUCGAAGCGUCCAUCAGAACAUCCGAUCAUUUCUUUCCAACUUCAGCUACAGUGAUAGCUAAGUUCGGAGGGGAGAAAAGAAGAGAAACGUGGAGGAACCAGGAGAAACGAGGAGAAACCAGGAGAAAAGAGGAGAAACCAGGAGAAAAGAGGAGAAACCAGGAGAAACGGCGCGUUUUCGACUUUUCUUCUUGCUUUUUGCUGCAGGCUGACAGCAGAGGAGCCGAUUUCAACACAAAGAAGGAAAAACAUCCGUCCUGUUAACAUGGAAGCUGCUGCCCCCAACAAGAAGAGCUGCUGUGAAUCCCUCAGAGAUUUCUUCACUUCAGCCAAGUUCCUUAUUUACAUGGGCCAUGCUCUGUCAACCUGGGGAGACCGGAUGUGGAACUUUGCGGUGGCCGUCUUCCUGGUGGAGCUCUACGGGAACAGUCUGCUGCUGACUGCCGUCUACGGCCUGGUGGUGGCCGGCUCCGUGCUCCUGCUGGGGGCCAACAUCGGGAACUGGGUGGACCGGAACCCCAGACUCAAAGUGGCCCAGACCUCCCUGCUGGUCCAGAACACCUGCGUGAUCCUGUGCGGGGUCCUCCUGAUGCUGGUCUUCCAGUUCAAAGGUCAACUGGUGGAGCUCUACCACGGAUGGAUACUGACCACCUGCUACAUCCUGGUCAUCAGCAUCGCCAACAUGGCCAACCUGGCGAGCACCGCCACCGCCAUCACCAUCCAGAGGGACUGGGUGGUGGUGGUCGCCGGGCAGGACAGCAGCAAACUGGCAGACAUGAACGCCACGGUACGCAUCAUCGACCAGCUCACUAACAUCCUGGCUCCCAUGCUGGUGGGUCAGAUCAUGGCGUUCGGCUCUCAUUUCAUCGGCUGCGGCUUCAUCUCGGGCUGGAACCUGUGCUCCAUGUGCGUGGAGUACGCCCUGCUGUGGAAGGUCUACCAGAAGACGCCGGCGCUGGCGGUGAAGGCGGGACAGAAGGAGCAGCAGGAGCUCAAGCAGCUGAGCUCUGACAGAGAUUGUGAGAACGGCCAAAGCCUCGAAGAGUCGUCUCAGCCGCUGAUGAACGAGGCGGCGGCGGCGGCGGCGGCCUCUCCCGGCGGGUCCGGCUGCUGCCAGCAGGUCAGCAGGCCGCUGCAGACCUUCAAGGCCGGCUGGGUGGCGUACUACAAGCAGGACAUCUUCCUGGCGGGGAUGUCUCUGGCCUUCCUCUACAUGACGGUCCUGGGCUUCGACUGCAUCACCACGGGAUACGCCUACACCCAGGGCCUGAACGGCUCCAUCCUCAGCCUGCUGAUGGGGGCCUCCGCCAUCUCCGGCAUCUGCGGCACCGUGGCCUUCACCUGGGUCCGCAAAAGGUGCGGCCUGAUCCGGACGGGCUUCAUCUCGGGCACGGCGCAGCUGUGCUGCCUCCUGCUGUGCGUGGCGUCCGUCUUCGCUCCGGGGAGCCCCUUCGACCUCAGCGUCUCGCCCUUCCAGGACCUUUACAGCCACCUGAUGGGGGAGCAGACCCUGCCGGAGGCCGAGCACGGGCUUACGGGCGCCCUGGGCGGAAACGUCACCAGCGCCCCGCCGCCAGAGGAGCUGCCGCCGCUGCAGUCCUACAUGUCGGUCAGCCUGCUGUUCGCCGGCGUCAUCGCUGCCCGAGUCGGUCUGUGGUCCUUUGAUCUCACCGUGACGCAGCUCAUCCAGGAGAACGUGAUGGAGUCCGAGCGAGGCGUGAUCAACGGAGUCCAGAACUCCAUGAACUACCUGCUGGACCUGCUGCACUUCAUCAUGGUGAUUCUGGCGCCCAACCCGGAGGCCUUCGGCCUGCUGGUCAUCAUCUCCGUGUCCUUCGUGGCCAUGGGUCACCUGAUGUACUUCCGAUUCGCCUUCAAGAGCCUGGGCCGCCGCCUCUUCCUGUGCCGCUCGCCGGAGCAGAAGAUGGAGUCGGCCGAGGACGUCUCUCUGCCCGCCACCGUGUAGAACCCACUGGUCCCAGUCUGACCUGCCCUGCCACCUAUUUAUCCAACCAGUAGCUUGUAGCUGUCUGUCAUUAGCGCAGCAGACGGACCGUAGAUUAACCCGAUAGGUCGCCCCUCCAUGACCUUCUGCCUUUGCUUAUUAACACGUUCGUGUCGUCUCCCCCUGGUUUAAUGGACUCCAUUAAAGGGAGGGCGAUCAGGGAAGCGGGCGACGAGGAACGCCUGUCCUGGUGCUGCGUCUCCGUGCCGGGUCACGGAGGACGCCUCUUCUGUAACCAAACUUUCGUGGCGAUGAGGGUCUAUCUGUAUAUAUUUCGACGGCGGUUUUUCUAUGGCAGUAUUCUGUGUUUCUCGUGCCAAACAAACCAGGAAGCAGCUUUGCAGGAAGCUCCUCGGUACCAAAGUCUGCAUGGCGGCGUUAAAGGAAGCCAGGGAACGCGUCCGUCUGUGGGCGUGACGCGGCGCCGCAGCACGGCGUGGGAACCCUUCUUCAGAUCAUUAAUGUUGGUGUGAUUUCUGCUGAUUGUCGUUACUCAGGCACUUUAUGAUUGGCUGGUGUCCGAACGCCUCUGAUCUUCUGGCUCAGUGAUUGGCUGGUGUCCGAACGCCUCUGAUCUUCUGGCUCAGUGAUUGGCUGGUGUCCGAACGCCUCUGAUCUUCUGGCUCAGUGAUUGGCUGGUGUCCGAACGCCUCUGAUCUUCUGGCUCAGUGAUUGGCUGGUGUCCGAACGCCUCUGAUCUUCUGGCUCAUUGAUUGGCUGGUGUCCGAACGCCUCUGAUCUUCUGGCUCAGUGAUUGGCGGGUGUCCGAACGCCUCUGAUCUUCUGGCUCAGUGAUUGGCUGGUGUCCGAACGCCUCUGAUCUUCUGGUUCAGUGAUUGGCGGGUGUCCGAACGCCUCUGAUCUUCUCGCUCAGUGAUUGGCUGGUGUCCGAACGCCUCUGAUCUUCUGGCUCAGUGAUUGGCUGGUGUCCGAACGCCUCUGAUCUUCUGGCUCAGUGAUUGGCUGGUGUCCGAACGCCUCUGAUCUUCUGGCUCAGUGAUUGGCUGGUGUCCGAACGCCUCUGAUCUUCUCGCUCAGUGAUUGGCGGGUGUCCGAACGCCUCUGAUCUUCUCGCUCAGUGAUUGGCGGGUGUCCGAACGCCUCUGAUCUUCUCGCU